AUCAUUUAUUUUUUCAUUACCGGUGAACAAUUAUUGUGGAUUUGUACUAAAUCAUUUUUUGUGAAGGUUCGUGCUGUCGAUGUAGACAUUGAUGAGUAUCAAGGUGAACCUGACUAUGUUGCGGAACGAAAGGCGAAGGAAGCAGCUGAGCGCGUCGAGGGACCAAUAUUGGUAGAGGACACGAGCCUCUGUUUCAAUGCGUUCAAAGGCCUACCAGGAGUAUACAUUAAAUGGUUUCUGAAGAAGCUUGGUCCUUCCGGCUUGUAUCAGAUGCUUGCUGGAUAUGAUGACAAAUCAGCCUAUGCGCAAUGCAUUUUUGCAUACACUGAGGGUAAAGGAGAGCCUGUACAUAUAUUUAGAGGUCGUUGUCCAGGGCAUAUAGUAAGCCCACGUGGACCUCCGAAUUUUGGAUGGGAUCCGUGUUUCCAGCCGGAGGGGUUUACCCAGACUUUCGCGGAAAUGAGCAGCGAGACAAAGAACAAAAUAAGCCACAGAGCAAAAGCGUUGGAACUUGUUAAAAAGUUUUUUGAAGAUAGGAAAUGA